CUCACUGGUCAGUUCUACGUGUCACACGCCGAGGUCCUUGCCCCCUUCCUCGCCACCACGUUCAACAACAUGCUGCUCGACCCUGAGACCAUCACCAGUGACUUCAAGUGUGGAAUCAUCUACACCAUCUUCAAGAAAGGCCACAUACUGAACAUUGCCAACAGACGUCCAAUCACCUUACUCAACGUGGAUUACAAGCUCCUCAGCAAGGUCAUCAAUGCCAGACUCACCAAGCUCCUCGACAGUCUGAUCAACCCAUUACAGAAUGGCUUCGUCCCCGAGAGGCUGAUCCACUACAACACCAUCAUACUGCAGGAAGUCAUCGACACGGCUGCCCAAGACAUGGCCACUGGCUAUGUCACGCUGUUUGAUUUCCAGAAGGCGUUCGACUCCAUAUCACAUAAUAGCAUCGAGCGCACUCUCAGCUUUGUCGGCAUCCCACUAUUGAUGGUCGGGCUCGUCAUGGCCCUAGGGCAGCUGCUGCGGGGCUCCGUGGCCAGAGUCAGUGUCAACGGCAUCCUCACUGAUGCCCUGCCCCUGGACAGAGGCACCAAGCAAGGUGACCCUCUCUCCCCGACGCUCUUUGUUCUGGUCAUCGAGGUACUGGCAGCAGCAAUCAACGCCGACCAAUCCAUCGUGGGCCUGCCUCUAUCAAGUCWUACGCCCUCCCCCCCUCUGAUGUACCACUUCUAUCUGGACUCACCGACCAAGUGGCAGAUCAAGAAGAUCGAUAACCUCACCAAAUGGUUCAUCGCAGCCCCCAAGACYACCGCCUACGGCUCCAGCUUCAUCAACACGAUGGCACUGGACCGCGCCAGCUUCCAUUGGGAACAAAGUGGCCUCAACCUCUGGGACAUUGGACUCAGAUCAAUUGCCUACAAGGUAUGGGUGUUCAAUCGUUUC